UAAAAAGACAUUUAUUAAUUCUUUCUCAUUUAGUUAAGCAAUAAAAAUUGUUAUUGCUCUGUGACAGCAGAGCAACAAAUCCAAUAUUAAAUUCAGCUGAGUUCUUCAUCUUUGCCUUGUCUCUCACUUCCCAAGAAAAACAAAGAUAUUGCACACUAGUCUUCUAAUCUGUAUGUAGAUGCGUGCAUACACAUACAUAUUUGGCUAGGUAUAUAUUUUCUUACAUACAACUCUAAGGGAAUUUAGCCAAACCAUUGAUUCUUGGAUGAUGCUGGCUUAGAUCUCUUUUGUUUCUUGAUUUGGGUGCUCGACUAUUGUGCAUGCAGCAGUGUGAUGGCAUUCACUAGUACUGAUAAAAACAGACUGGCAGAUACAGUGGUAUGUAGUUAUUCUGCUCCAAAUCUAUGGAAAAACCUGUUAUUCCAUUGGUAGCCAUCUGAACAAGUUGUUGAACCAACAACAUAUUCACCUAGUUCAUAUGACCCUGGCUUGCUGAGAGGCUUAGUUCUAUUCAAUUUAGAUUUGGCUGGAUGGAGCGAGAUUUUCUGGACCUUGCGACCCCUGGAAAAACAGAUCAUAAUGAUAUUCAUGGUUCUUCAGUUGCUAGUCAUCGUGAUAAUAUGAAGCAUGAGCCAAAAGAUUCGAGAGAUUCUGCACGCCCCGGUGUCAUUGGGACUUCUAAUCCGAAUCCUAUAGAUGUUACUUCUUCAGCUGAAAGAGAAGAACACAGCUCAGAUGACGAGGAUAACCGCACUGAAGAUGCUCAAAAACAGUUGGUGCUUUACGAUCCCACUGCAGUUGGUGCUGGUGAAAUUGAACUCGUCCCUGAUCCUGUUGAUUCUCAACCUCGACGAAAUUCCUUUCCGAAUUAUGCAUCUAGGAUUUUGCCAUCUGUAGGGGCAUUUACUGUGCAGUGCGCUAAUUGCUUUAAAUGGAGGCUUAUACCUACGAAAGAGAAGUAUGAAGAAAUAAGAGAACACAUUUUGGAACAGCCUUUCUAUUGCGAAACAGCUCGUGAGUGGCGUGCUGAAGUAUCAUGUGAUGAUCCACCUGAUCUUACUCAAGAUGGAAGUAGGCUCUGGGCUAUAGAUAAGCCUAAUAUUGCUCAGCCCCCUCCUGGGUGGGAACGUCUUUUAAGAAUCCGAGGUGAAGGAGGCACCAGGUUUGCCGAUGUGUAUUAUGUUGCGCCAUCUGGCAAGCGACUUCGUUCAACCGUUGAAGUUCAAAAGUACUUGCAGGAACACCCAGAGUAUGUAGCACAAGGUGUAAGUAUGUCCCAAUUUUCGUUUCAGAUCCCAAGACCUCUGCAGGAAAACUAUGUUAAGAAGCGGCCUUAUCGUCCAGCACUUGCAAAUGAUGAAAAUGAUCCUGUUAAUCGCAUAGCAUGGAUUGAUCAAGAUGGCGAUACAGAUUUAAGGCUUGGUAUGCCAGAGCUGCCUGCACCUUGUGACAGGGCCCCGCUUUUUGAACCUGUGAGCAAAUCGUUCAAGAAAAAGCGGACUCCCUCUAAACGAAUGAGCAAUGCUGAUGCAGGGUGGAAGUCAAGUUAGGAGAGUCUCUACUUUUAUUUGUAUAUGAUCCGGCAAAAUCUCUCUGAUUACCUUUUAUGUAAGCUGACAUUUAGCAAACUGCGCAUGGACUUGUACCUAUGGAAAUGUUUAGGAAAUAUGGCUUUGACCAAGCUUUGUUUUUUGAUGAACUUACCUUAAGUUGAUAUCUUUUGUUGUUUCCGACAAGUGAAUAUGAACGGAAUUAGGUAAUGUAAA